UUCUCGCUGUGGUGUGCUUCGUUGUCAGUCUGUAGAAGAGACGACGGACUGCCGGGCGAACGGUUUCUUGGUGGGGAAAAAAAGAAAGCGGCCCUUUGGGUGAGCUUGUUUGGAAACGAGACGAAGCUGCUUAAAAAUGACGAGGGGAAAUCAGCGCGAACUGGCCCGUCAGAGAAAUGCCAAGAAGCAAGGCGACAUGAGCAAGGGCAAAAGAAACGAAGAUGGUCUUUCUGCUGCUGCCAGGAAGCAGAGGGAUGCGGAGAUAAUGCAACAGAAACAGAAAAAGGCCAAUGAAAAAGCAGAUACAAAAUCAAAGUAGCUUCAUGGCUGGAAGGAAUCCCCUUCACACUAAGAUGAUCCUCAGUAAAUGUUAUCAUUGGUGUUACUAGUCUCCAUUGGGAUUUUCUUUGUGUUCUAAUCUCCAGUGUACAAGACGUUCUUGUACUCUUUCUGUCAGGACAUUUUAUAUUGUGUAGCUUCAGGAAGAUGAAUCAUUUCCAAUCAGAAUUCGGUUCUUUGCUUCACCGCAGUGUGCAGGUCUCACUUCUCUUGAUCAGUAUUUACAAUGUAAAAAGCAAGAAUUACAGACCGCUCAGCUUGGAACCACAAUCUUGUAUUUUUAUACCCCCUCCUCCUUUAAACUUGCGGAAUAAAUUGUAGCUCCUAAACACA